AUGGGGAUAACUAUGCGGAUUAUUCCAGUGACACCAAGGACGACCAAGCGGUCGACCACCACGAUGACCGUGCUCAUCAACAACUGCGUUUCAAUCGUCAAGCUGAAAGGGAAGUACAGGGACGAUACAACAAGGGAUGAGAAUAUUAAUUCCAGUUUAUCUGAUAUGUUCUGGCCGAGCCGAGCCUGGAUCAAUCUACGCCCCUAUUCGAUCUCGUGCUCCUCAGGGACACCGUACGUGGGCAAGACUCCGCGAGGAACGUCGCACCCUUUCUCCCGAUUCUUCCGCUCGUCGCACGCCUCGGUUAGGGCAGAACCGAUCUCGCCCGGAGCUCCGCUGCCGCCGCUGUUCGCCGGUCGUUUCCGCCGCCAAUCGCAGCAGCACGAGAGGGACGAGCCCGUCCGACUUCACCGAGCAGCCACGGGUUACGUGGUCGCCACCGCCCGCAGAGGACGUCCCGCCACCGUUGAACACCACCACCACCUCCGCCGCUCACCGCCGCACACAUACGUCGCUUCACCUUCGCCGGAGACUCGCCGGAGAAGCGCCGCCGCCGACAUCCGAGCCGCCGCCGCCGUUUUCCCCCAUUCGCUGAUUGUGCGGAGUGCGACGCGAGCUAUUGUCAGGAGUGUGACUUUUUGAACCAGAACCAAG